AUGUCUAUUGCGCGCAGCUUCACCAAGCGCAUCAAGCGGCCCUCCAACGAUGCCGCCAUCCCCGCAACACCGACGCGCAGCCAGAGUGUAAGAAGCCCUGGCCUGGCCAUCAACCGCGCCAAGAUUUCCGCACCUGUUGCUCUGGUCUCCACGACAAACAUGCUCAGCUACAACGCCCCGGACAUCGUGCCCGUCAAGACGCCCUCGUCGUCCGCAUCAACACAUUCCGCCGACGACUCGGACCACAGCGUCUCGACACGCUCAAGGGCGUCGUCGCACGCUUCGCACGACACCUUGACGGACGCCUCGUCAGUGAGCUCAUCCUCGCCCACAUCGCCAGCACCAAACCACCUCUCCGGCUACUUCGCUGCUGCCAACAAGAACAUCCGGAAAUCCGCAUCGUCCGGCAACCUCCAGCAGCUGAAGGAGCAGAUCGAGGAAGAGCCAGCUGUCCCGGCCAUCCCGGAGCGCGCCUUGUCCCACAGUAAGCGCGCACACGAGCGCCUCGCCCAGAAGCGGUCCCUGCAGAACAUCUCGCGCACCCGGUCGUCCCGCGAGCACCGCACCUCGGUCGACAUGUUCAACGCCGCCGCCGCCAUCAAGGAGGAGUCGCACCCCUUCGGCAAGGAGCUCGAGCAGCUCAACGAGGUCGCUGAGGAGUUCAACGGCGUGGUCCGCGACGCCGAGAUGGAGGCUGACUAUGCCGUCAUCCGCGAGCGCAACCUCGCUACUUUCUGCGCCGCCGACUACCUCGCUGAGAUCCAGCCGUUGUUCAGCGCACGCUUCGGCAGCGUUGCGCAGCCGGCGCCCAUGGCGUGGAUUUAA